GACGCUUAUUGGUCAAAAAGCCGUGGCGUCACUUCUCUCGUUCUUUUCGACCACCGCCAUAGUGGGGAAAGGACUGUGGACAAAAUGUCGUCCCACAAGACUUUCAGAAUCAAGCGCUUCCUCGCCAAGAAGCAGAAACAGAACAGGCCGAUUCCUCAGUGGAUCAGAAUGAAGACCGGCAACAAGAUCAGGUGAGCUUACCACGACUGA